AUGGAGACACUUUGUGGGGCCGUGGCCCUCUUGCUUCUCGUGCGUGGGUGUGAAAGCGCAACAACUGCAGCGGCUGGCGGAGAAGAAGGGACGUGGAGAAUGGUACCUGGGAGGAGCACGCAGCCGCUUUCAGAAAUGAGAGGGGGAUUCCUUUAUACCAGAGGCAGAGGAAGAUGCACUCCCCAGUUAGGCCCCUCUUCGCUCUCCCUCUCUCUCUCUCUCUCUCCCCCCCACCCCACCCCCCCGGUUUUUUUUCUCUCUUUUAGGGUCUCACAUUGCCGCUAAGUUACGAAGAUUCCAUUCCUCCCCCCUGCUCCCAUAGGGGAGGAAAGAGAGUAUGGAGUGUUUAAUCUUCACAUGGCCAUUCCUGAAGAAGCGGUAGGUGCUCCGCUGGAGAAGCCUCUCCCAGAGUUCAACCACACUCCCAUAGUGAAAAAGUGGACAUAGAGCUCAGAGGAUUUAUAGUGCGUCUUUGAAUGGGAUCCGUACGGGUUGAGUGGUCGUGCCCUCGUUGUUUUGUUGAGAGGAACAAGGGAUCUGGACUCCCAAAUUGACUACACACGCAGAGAGAAGAGAAAGGCAGAAGGAUGAAUACACAUAUCUGUUCGAUUUUGCUCGUCCAUAGGGGAAGAUAAUCAGAAGUUCGUUGCGAAACAGUGAUUGCCACAGACAGGAGCGCCGUCUCAGACCCCUAGUGGUGAUCUAUCAUUCUCCGUAUUUCAAUGAUUCACAUUAGGAAAUCCUUGGUCACAGCCCCAAUUAGCUGUGUCGUGGGCUCCGUGCCUAUCAAGUCCCUACACCCACCACCUCUGCAACCCCUGCGAAAGGUUCUUAAUUUUUUUUAUUCGUUUUUCAUUCUUCGGUGACAAUGGAGACCAUUAGAUGAGGCCAACCGCGGGGCUCCAACCAUGUCCAACGCCUAGUGAUCUCAUGUAUCCCCUGAGGCAACUUUCUGGGAAGAUGCUCUUCUCAUUAUCUCGCCCCACCCUGUGAGCUCUGUGCAGCUCACAUUGCACCACCUGACAAGGGUGAAAGACUUUGCAUUUUCCUCGUCAUCAUGCCUGCUAACAAAUUUCACGGCAGAGAGGGAAAUGAAGAUGCCGUUUUUAUCUUAAGUGUCAGUUGAUGGGGUAUUUCCACUCCCCUCACGGCAAAGGUAACAUUUUAACUGUGGACAACCUGCGGGGUUCCAGCCAGCAAGGAUUUCAGUUGCUUUUGGGAGUUGUUAAACCUAUGGCUUCUGCUCCAUUUUAGACACAAAUUGGACGUGUUCAAGGCUACAUAAUUAGAUGUCUGCAGACUCUUUAGGAUUCUACUUGCGUGCAGGAUUCUAUUCCCUUCUGUACAGAAUAUGUUGCUUACUUUGCACAGAAUAAUGGUCGACCCAUUCUCUUCUGUACUUGUGUGUAGGAUUCUACUUACUUCAGUAUUUCUCUCUCCCACGGUAAUUGUACAGUUCUACAGAAGCUUAUCCUCCACGGAUCCAACUCAUUAGUCUCACAUCAUGGGCACGGGAUGCAUGUUUGUUGCAAUGUUGGGCUUGCUACCUAGGUGGCUGACUCGUGCCCUGUUCAGGUUCUGGAGUGCAAGAGAAGAAGCAUGGCCAAUGAUGGUCCCCCAGGAGGCUUCGGUCUGGAAAGUUUUUGGGUCACCGGCUUUGGAGCGCUAUGAACCACAACUGACUGUGUUAGAGGCGAUGGAGAGGAAUGAUGACAUUGAUGGGAGUGCCUUCUCUCAGUUGGUGAAGCAAUCUAGUGCGGCUCUGCUUAAUGCCUAUACCAGGGAAGGAUUUCCAUACACUCCAUGGGAAAUUAAGACACUGCUCUUACAAGCCCUUGUUUCGGAGGAAGCUGCUACAUCCCAGGCAAGAUGCUUUGCAGAUGUCAACCACGCAUGUAGUUGA